CCUAAGCUUAAACAAAAUAAUCCUAACACAUACAUAGUACUUUUACAUACUUUAUUUUAUAAACAUGAUAGUAUUAACCAAGCAUUCCAGCCCAGCUGGUUGUGAGGUGACCGGGAUCCGGGGCCUCUGCCUUGCUUUAAAGUAAGGUAGGGUGCCCGGCUUUUCCGGGCCGUUCGAUCGGAGAUUGGACGGUCAAAGAUCUUGGGCUCCACUCCUUCCCCGAUCUCGAGGCCAUCCUCUUUCCUUCCUUGCCGUCGGAUGCCGCAAGGCACUCUGCCUUAUGGCAGAGGAUCCAAAUCCGAGGUGACCGUGCCUAGUGAGAAGUCUCGUAUUUAAUCAUGCAUUUCAGCCCAGCUGAUUCUCCAAAACAAUAACAGUCUUUAAAUAACUCUCCGGCCUCGAGUAAAAAAACAAAGAUACUUUUCUAUAAAAACAACAAUAGUUCUUGGUGUACACCCUGAGUUACACCCGGGGUACACCCAUUUAUUUGCCCUUCUCACAGACAAAAAAUACACAAAUACAGACACUUUCAUUGAAAGUGUCGGUGUGAGUAAACUUAGUUUCUAGAUCUGUCAGGCUGGUUGCACGGAAACCAAUGUCGGUGUACAUAAACAUUAGUUAUCUGUGUAAACAAAAAAGUGUCGGUGUGAAAAAUUAAUUGAAAAACAAGUGUCGGUGUACACAGACGUUAGUUGUUUGUGUAGACAAAAAAGUGUCGGUGUGAAAAAAUUAGUUGGAAAACAAGUUUCUGUGUACACAGACUUUAGUUGUAUGUGUAGACAAAAAAGUGUCGGUGUGAAAAAAUUAGUUGGAAAACAAGUAUCGGUGUACACAUACGUUAGUUGUCUGUGUAGACCAAAAAGUGUCAGUGUGAAAAAAUUAGUUGGAAAACAAGUGUCGGUGUACACAGGCGUUAAUUGUCUAGUAUAAAAAAUGUGUCUGUAUAUAUACAAUUUUCGUCUAUGUACACAGACGCUAUAGCAAACCAGUGUCGGUGUGGAUAAAACGUAAAAAGUGAGAAGGAAAGAAAAAGAAGAAGAUGGUGAUGAAGAUAAUGAAGAUUAUUAGGGUGAAUAAAACCUAAAAAAGAGAAGGAAAGAAGAAGAAGAAGAAGGUGGAGGAGGAGGAGGAGGAGGAGGAGGAGGAGGAGAAGAAGAAGAAUAAGAAUAAGAAGAAGAUGAAGGAGAAAGGAAGAAAGAAAGAAGAAAAAACAAGAUGUUGAAGAAGAAGAAAGAGAGGAGGGAGGGGGAUCCGUAUGAUUCAAAUGGGAGAGGAGUGGAGAGAAAAAAAGUUGGGAGGGGAGAAAUAAGAAAUGGGGGGUUAUUUAGGGUGUACACCAAGGUGUAACCCAAGGUGUACCAAAAGAAUUUUUCUAAAAACAAUAACACAUGACAAAGAAGUUCCUUCGAACAUAACAGUCUUUAGCCUUUUUCUGAUGUUACUGUCACUGGAAAUUUUUAAUAGCCUUUUGGAAACGUUGAAAGAAAAAAAGAUCUGGACGGACUUGCAAAUACUUUUUCAGCCAUCACUGGUUUCAGGCUUUCAGAUUCUUUCUUUCUUGUCGAUGCGUUAAACCUAUGGCCUGGUUGUGUCUAACAUUUCUUUUUUAAGCUUCAAUUUUUGUUAAAAUUACCAUUUUUCGUAUUUUUUUCUAAGAGAUUGGUUAGCUGGGGCAGUUUACUGGAUCAUCCCGAUUUGUGAUUAUUUCCCAUCAAAUUCAAUUCAUGGUUCGAAGUUCGGCUUUUAAAGGUUUCUAGAGGAAGAAUGAUUGGAAUCCAAGCUUGAUUUUUUUCCCGGAAGCUGGAAUGGGCAAGAAAGGCAGAAUUUAUGGGCUGAUUUUCUCACUGUUAAUCUUUUUAAGCUCUUCAAACGCCUCUAACUCAACAGCAAACAGUUCCACUGCCCCAGAACAGGGUUCACAAGUGAAUGAAACAAUAAGCAUCAAGGGAUUAAAUGAGAGUUCAGGAAUUGAAAAACAAAAGCCUAAAGAGACUCAGGGGAGUGAAGACUUGAGUAAACUGGAUUUGAAGGGCUCCAAUACCACAGCAGAUGCUAUACCACCUUCGAAAUCGAAGAGUCAUGAAGAGAAAGGGAAAGUAGAGAAUGUCACAAAGGCAGCCGAGGUCGAGGGUAAUGAGAGUUGUGAAGGGGCAUUACAAGAAUGCCACAUUAAGAAUACAUUGCUCGCCUGCAUACAAAUGCCAAAAAAUGGUACUACGGGGUCAAAAGAACCAUUCCUUGUUCUUCAGAAUGAAGGAGAUAGCAGGCUGGAAGUGAAAAUAUAUACCCUGACAUCAGCAGGAAAAGAUUCUGCCACAGUCAAUACAAACCAAACAAUAAGGGUAAAUAUACCAUCAACUUCGAGCCAAAGAUCCAAAACAGUAGUAGUUGAUACAGGCAUUAGUGGUAGAUGUGAGCUUCUUGGGUUGGGUCAUUCUGUCGCGCCUGUGGGCAACAUUGUCCAACAGUUGUCUCUAUACUCAAAACAAGUGACUCCCAUCUAUGGCGCCUACUUCCUGUUUCUGGUGGCACUAGUUUUUGGCGGGACAUGGGCUGCCUGCAAGUUAAGAAAAAAGAAACAGCCCGGCAGUGGAGGAGUUCCUUAUCAGGAACUUGAAAUGGGGUUACCGGAAUCUUCUGCUGUCAUACACGUGGACAACACGGCAGAAGGCUGGGAUCAGGUUUGGGAUGAUGACGAUUGGGAUGAGGACAAUGCGGUCAAUCCGCACCACCGUCUGGGGAACAUUUCUGCCAAUGGUCUAACUGCCCGGUCUGCAAAGAAAGAUGGAUGGGAUAACGACUGGGAUGACUAGUGAGUGAAGCAAGAAGGAAUUUUUUGGGAUCAAGAAACACAUACAAAUCAUACAAUUUCCAAAGGAGCCUAAAAUCUUGUAAUUUAUUGCUUAUGGGAUCGAUUGAUUCUACCACAGAAGUUUUCUGUAUCAUAAGGUAUAUGUUCUUGUGGAAUACCAAGAACCAGUUUUUUUUAGCUUUUGUAUUGAGUUUUUUUAUCUUUAUAGUAACUACUACUUCGUGGCUAUUAUUUUACAUGCUUUAUAUAAAAAACUUUUGAAAAAAUUAGCUUGAUGUGAGCACUUAUAGUUACACAGUUAUACGUAGUAGUUGGCAAUUUUGUUACAGGGCUUCAUACGAGUAUACGACUUUUAUUUCUUUUAAGG